AGCUGGGCAGCGGGCGAAGGGCGGGUCGGGCUUCCGGUUAGAGAAACCGUCGCGUUUGUGGGGCGCCGCCUCAGCUGGCAGUCACCCCCGCGCAGGGCAGGGAGCCUCUCCGACACCAUGGGGGCCGUGCUGGGCGUCUUCUCCCUCGCCAGCUGGGUUCCAUGCCUCUGCAGUAGCGCCUCAUGUUUGCUGUGCAGUUGCUGUCCCAGCAUAAAGAAUUCUACUGUGACUCGACUCAUCUAUGCUUUUAUUCUCAUCCUUGGCACUGUUUUGUCUGCGAUCAUGAUGACAGAAGGCAUACAGACGGAGCUGAAGAAAAUUCCUGGAUUCUGUGAAGGAGGAUUUCAAAUCAAGGUGACUGAUACAAAGGCAGAUAAAGAUUGUAAUGUGCUGGUCGGUUUUAAAGCUGUGUAUCGGAUCAACUUUGCUUUGGCCAUCUUCUUCUUUGCCUUCUUUUUGCUCAUGUUAAAAGUAAAAACAAGUAAAGACCCCAGAGCAGCCGUACACAAUGGGUUUUGGUUCUUCAAAAUUGCUGCCAUUGUUGGUAUCAUGGUUGGAGCUUUCUACAUCCCUGGCGGCCACUUCACUUCAGUCUGGUUUGGUGUUGGCAUGUCAGGGGCUGCUUUCUUCAUCCUUAUCCAACUGGUGCUCUUGGUAGACAUGGCUCACUCUUGGAAUGAAUCAUGGGUAAAUCGAAUGGAGGAAGGAAACCCAAGGGUCUGGUAUGCUGCUUUGCUGUCUUUUACAAGCUUCUUUUAUAUUUUGUCAAUCAUCUUUGCUGCGCUGCUCUACACAUUUUACACCAAACCACAUGGCUGCACAGAAAACAAGGUCUUCAUCAGUAUUAACCUGAUUCUUUGCAUUGUGGUUUCUGUGCUAUCCAUCCUCCCCAAAAUUCAGGAACACCAGACUCAUUCUGGCCUCUUGCAGUCCUCCAUCAUCACUCUCUACACUCUGUUCCUCACUUGGUCAGCCAUGACUAAUGAACCUGAUCGUUCCUGCAACCCCUCCUUGGUGAGCAUCAUUACACACUUAGCUUCACCGACUGUGUCUCCUGCAAAUUCAACUACUCUUGCUCCUACCUCUGCUCCACCAUCACAGAAUGGACACGUCCUGGAUUUUGAUAAUUUUUUAGGGGUGUUGAUCUUUGUUUGCUGCCUUCUGUAUUCUAGUGUCCGCACUUCGAGCAAUAGCCAAGUUAAAAAGCUGACCCUCUCAGGGAGUGACAGUGUUAUCCUCCGUGACACCACCAAUGGAGCCGGUGAUGAAGAAGAUGGACAGCCUCGGCGGGCUGUGGACAAUGAGAGGGAGGGAGUGCAGUAUAGCUACUCCUUAUUCCACUUGAUGCUCUGCUUUGCUUCCUUGUAUGUCAUGAUGACCAUAACCAGCUGGUACAGCCCUGAUGCCAAGUUCCAGAACGUAACCAGCAAGUGGCCAGCUGUGUGGGUCAAAAUGAUCUCCAGCUGGAUGUGCCUCUUCCUUUAUUUCUGGACUCUUGUAGCUCCACUCAUCCUCACUGGUCGGGACUUCAGCUGAACUUUCAAGGCCAAGGACACUGCUAAAACUUACAAAGGUCUCCUUUGCUCCAAAACUCACAUCCCUUUUAAGUUUGCGUCAACUAAACUAUCAAUGUGAACGCUUUGCAGAGUUGACUAUAUUCAGGUUUAUAUCAAAAGGCAAGAUUGAAUAAUGCUUGAUGCAGAAUCUGAGCUUUUCAUUUCUGUAUGAAUAGUAUGUUUAUUUGUAGGGCUCUAGCACAAAGGGAACAUUUUAUGUUUUAACGUGAACUACAGCUGUGCUGUGAAGAGAGUUCUUUAUAAAGACCUGUAGAUUCCUACAACUUUGGUUUAAAAUAUAAGGUAGAAGAAUGUUGAAUAUUUGAAGCUAUCUUUAAUAUAUUUCUAUUGCAGUCUCCUUAAAAAGCAAAAAAAUAAUGCAUUAAUGCACACUUUCUCUGUAAAGGUCUUUACCAUGUGAUACAGGCACUGUUUCCUACAGAGACUCUUGAGAGAUGCAGCGUCCUGGUUCUUGGGCAAGGAUUAUGUAUGCAGGUCCUUCCCAGAGGGGUGCUUGCUGACAAGGCUUCAAGAGGCUACAUCUUGAGUUUAUGUAUUUACCUUUUAAUACUACAGCAUUGAUGCUGCUUGGUAGAAUUCUGUGGCUUUGCCAGAUAUGUUCAUUUCAAUAAAUGCUUUGUAGGUUUGAUUAAAAUGAAAAUUCACUGGGGAAACACUGCAAUGUCCAUGUAAUGAUCUUGUUUUGAAUAUGUAAAAGUAAAAUGCAUGUCAGUUUACUAUAUUUGCACUAUAAAGGUAUUUGAUUAAAAUAGACAUUAAGUUUG